AUGGAUGAUUUCUUUGAUGAUGAUUUCUCUCACAUGCAUCAUCUUUAUGCACAAGAACAGCAGCAGACAGAGUUUUACAAUGAGGGACUCCAUGAAUACUUCUACUCAGGAGCAGAUUCACAACAGCAACAAGGCAACAACUCCAGUGAAGACAAUGCAUAUGAUGCAGAUGAUGAUGAUGUGCAGGAAGAGGAUGGUGAAGAACAUGAUGCACAUCAACAAGAAGCACAAGUAAUUACAAGAGCAAGUAGAGAAAUGACUAUGGUUGAAAAGAGGCAUCUAGUUGAUGAAAUUAUGCUGAACAUGGAAGGGGACUCUUUGCCAAAGGGAUUUUUGUCCAACUUAGCAAAAAAACACAAUGUUCACAGAUCCACUACAACCAGGUGGUUCCAGGUAAUUAAAAGACACUUGCUUGAAGGAAAUGUCAUUGAUGUUAGAACAAAAAAAACAGGUGUUGUUGGGCCAAAACCAAAAGAGUACACUGAUGAAUGGUUAACUUCAGUGCCUCUAUAUAAGAGGACCACUGAAAGGAGCUAUGCUGCUGCCCUUCAUGUGUCCCCUUCAACCAUUCAUAGAUUAAGGAAAAAGGGUAGGCUUAGAACACAUACAGCAAACAAUCAUCCAACACUGUCAGAAAAUCACAAAGUUGCCAGAAUGAAGUGGGUUCUAAGCUGGGUGAACCCUGCUCCAUCCUUAGGGGACCCUACUUUCAUUGACAUGCAAUACACAAUUCACAUAGAUGAGAAAUGGUUUUUUUUUAACCCUGAAACCAGAACAUUUUACUUGCUGCCUAAUGAAGAGAACCCUUAUAGAGCACAGCAGUCAAAGAGAUUCAAACUCAAGGCAAUAUUCAUGGGCAUGGUUGGAAAGCCUUUAUAUGAUGAACACAAGAAUAUGUUGCAUGAUGGGAAAUAUGGGUUAAUCCCUUUUGUGAAAUAUGAGAUGGCAAAGAAGAAGAGCAAAAAUAGGGACAAAGGCACAUUGGAAACAAAGGCAAUACAGUCUCUGAACAGAGAUGCUAUAAGGGAAAUGUUACUCAAUCAUGUACUGCCAGCAUUGUAUGAAAAGUGGCCUGCACAGCUACCUAAGAAUGUUACAAUUCAAUGGGACAAUGCAAGACCCCAUCAAGUGCCUAAUGAUCCUGAGUUUCAAGAAGCAUGUCAAGCAUAUGGGUUUAACAUCCAAUUUGUGUAUCAACCAGCUCAGAGUCUAGAUUUAAAUGUUUCAGACUUAGAUUUAUUUAGGGUGAUUCGAUCAAUUCAAUAUCAGUCAUUCCCUAAGAACCUAGAUGAGCUAAUUGUAAAGGUGGAUGAGGCAUGGAAUUCAUUUGAUCCAACUGUCAACAAGUACACUUGGAUAACACUACAAAGUUGCAUGCUUAAAAUUCUGGAGAAGAUGGGAGGGAACAACUAUGUCCCUCCACAUAUGAAAAAAGGCAUUUGGAUUGUCUAG